AAAUGGGUGAUAUUGAGAAGGGCAAGAAGAUCUUUGUCCAGAAGUGCGCUCAGUGCCAUACCGUGGAGAAGGGAGGCAAGCACAAGACGGGGCCCAAUCUCCAUGGUCUGUUUGGGCGAAAGACCGGUCAAGCCGCUGGAUUCUCUUACACCGAUGCCAACAAGAACAAAGGCAUCACCUGGAAUGAGGAUACGCUGAUGGAGUAUUUGGAGAAUCCCAAGAAGUACAUCCCUGGAACAAAAAUGAUCUUCGCUGGCAUUAAGAAGAAGACCGAACGGGCAGAGUUGAUAGCUUAUCUCAAAAAAGCUACUAAUGAGUAAUAGUUGGCACGGCCUUAUUUAUUACAAAACAAAUG